AUGCCACCCAAGAAGCUGCCACCAAAGACGUCGGCGUCGCAGCAGAAGCCGCAACCACGGACGCCACAGCAAAAGCAACCGUCACAGAAACAGCAACAGCAACAGCAACAGCCACAGAAACAGCAGCCGCCACAGAAACAGCAACGGCCACAGCAACAGCGCCCACCACAGACGGCCCCAAAGCCCCAAGGCAGCAAUGCAUUCCCCGCUCCCACCAGCAAACCAGCCAUCCCCGAGGCUGACGUGAAACAGAGCUCGUCCGUGAGCGCCGGCCUCGCGCUGGAAGCGGCAAAGAAAGCCUAUGAACUCCGGCAAGCAGCCUAUGGCGCCGCGGACCCCAACGCCCGCGAAGAAAUCCUGGCCAAAGCCGUCAACAAGGAGAUCGAGGCCGAGUCCUUUGGCAAGGCCGCCAAGUAUACUCGGUCGGGCACGUUCCAGGGCCUUGCGGCCGGCGCGGGCCUGGGUGUCCAGCCCGGCGUGACUCUGGGCAAAUUGACCGGCGCGCUGGUUGGUGGCUUGGUAUCUUCGGUAGGCGCUUUACUGGGAGGUGGUGUCGGCUCUGCGUACGGUGCAAUCAGUGGUCCGUUCUGGGAUCUGGGCCAGAUGGCCAGCCAGGGCGUCAGAAGUAUUGUGGGCGAUUUCCCCAACUGGGAAGCUACUUCGAGUCAGAAAAAGGCCCUAGAGAAGAUGGUGAUGCAGGCCCGGCAGACCAAUGCCCCAAGCCAAGAAGAACUCGAGGAGAUGCGCCGCGAUAACGGAGGUGGCGGUCAGGAAGACUACCAGCAAUGGGUCAAGGAUUUGACAAGCUACAUCCCCAGCAUGCCAUCGAUGCCCAAAAUGCCUAAGAUGCCCAAGAUGCCCUCAAUGCCUUCGGUACCUGGAAUGUCGUCGAUUCCGGGACUGGGGGGAUCAUCCAAUAGGGCCAGAUCUAGUCCACCAGCUGGAGACAAGUCAAAGACCACGACAGCAGCAAACCAGACCCAGAAACCAAGAACAUCUCCAAAAGCCCAGGCACCCUCCAAACCUCAAGCUGCUCCUCCACCUCCCCAAGCACCUAGUCAGACGCCCUCCAAGCCUCAACCUACACCUUCUCGUCCUCCUCCACCUCAAAAAGCUCCAAGUCAGACGCCCAAGACACAAUCCCCGCCAAAGACAAUCGAAACCACGCCGAGGAGGCCGCAACCGAAGAAGCUGGAGAACAAGCCGACAAGAACCACGUCAACGUCACAGUCAAGUCAGCCCGCCGCCACUCGAAGAAAGCCGCCCAAACUGGAGCCGCGAACCAAGCCCACGACAACAACAAAAGCAUGA